UGUUGCAACUUGCACUCGCUUUUUUUAUUUUACAAAUUUACUCGUACGGAGACUCCUCCGCAUUUCCGUCCCUUCUUCGAACUCCCAACUCAUACCCCCAACAAACGUGAAUAUAAAAGGAAACGCAAAACCAAUGAAGACUCAACUACCACCACCCCAAAGAUCUCUCUAUUUCUCUCGUGUUGGUCUUCUUGGCCGUGAUCUACGAGGUUAAACUGUCACCUGACCUGAGUUGUACAGCCGAAAACUGCUGCAGUUUAAGGUCCCAUUGACAAGCUGGGGGAGUUCAGCUUCAUAAGGAAAGUUUCUGAAGAAACGUUGUUUGGUGAAGCUUCUGGAGAGAAGCUACUGCGAAUACAACUCUGGCCGACCCGAUAGAGAAAUUUUCUCGAUCCAAGGCAUGCGCUGGUUCUUUCUUUCCCAGUCUCCGUUCGUGUUCGAGUCGGACUCUGUCAUUAGUUUCACGCCUUCCCAUUGAUUACGGCUAACUUUUGAUUCAAAAGAGAGAAAAAAAAAACUCCUAUGUAAUCUUUGUUUAUAGAGAAUCUCUCUGCCACAGUUAAAGUAUCCGCCAUUAGAGAUGUGAGCAGCAGUAGAGUAGACGAACAAGAACCAAGAGGAAAGAGAAAAUUAGAGCUUCCAUUCUCUCGAGCAUUUAAGCAAGCCUGGCUGCUAAAAUGGCAAAAUUUAGCUGCUUCAUUUUACGUGUUGGAAGGAAGAAGAAAGAUAAGGGGGAUGAGGAAUCCCUAAAAAAUGGUGAGCGCAAGGGUUUGCAAACCCUGCAAGUCAAGAUCGAACACCCGGUGAAAUCUUCUGAAAAUGAAGAGUUGAAAUUGACGACUUUCAGCGUUGCGGUACCGUAUCCCAACAACUCUCAGUGCAGCGUCAAGUUUAUGAGCCAUGAAAGUCCUGUUGGGGUCAAGGCAGCGGAGAUAGCUUAUGAAGGGGAGGACGAGCACGAAGAGAAGUCCUCUAUCAAGAGGGAUUUCUCUGACCUCGAUCUCUCGGCUCAUGAAGAUAUUUCUGGGGACAAAGAUUCAUAUUCCAGAAACAAAAACUUGGAUUUAUCCUAUGCAUUUGAUCCUGAUACUCAGGUGAAAGACCAUUUUGAUGACAAGAUUGAGAAAGAGAGUGAGAAGGGUAUUGAUGUGAAUCAAAACGGACAUGUUAGUGAUCCUGGCAUUACAAAAGCAGAGUUUGGACCUUCCCCAAAACUUCAGCGCUCCUGCUCCAAUGUUGAAACAAGGACUGUUUUUAGGGAGAUGGCUGAUCGGUUGCCUCCCUCUAAGUCGCAGUCUUUUGAAGAGUUACAAGAUUUAUCUGAAAAGGUGAGGGAGAAUGUUGACACAGGCAGCCCCAGAUCUGAAACGACCCACUUCAGUGCGGACAGGGUGAUGUUGAAGAAGCAUUCUUCAAGCCAAGUUCUCCCCUCUAGGAGUAGAAGAUUGUGGUGGAAAUUGUUCCUCUGGAGCCAUAGAAACUUGCACAAUGCCCGGACCCUGAAAUCAUCCCGCUCACUUCCUAAUAGUGCUGCUUUGAAACCCCAAGGUGGGUACUCUUCAGAUACACUUGAACCGAGCCGAGUUAUAGAAUCGAGCAAGUUAGCAUCACCGGGAUCAUUUGCUGGAUAUUCCUCGAACGAUAAUGUUUUCAAGAGCUGGGAUACUUUUCAUAAUGGAGUUUCUGGUUUAUGGCAAGCGAACCAAUGGGUCGCUUUCCCUUCAGAAUCAUCCCCCAUUGCAAGAGUGGAAGAGUGGGUGAAAGAUCUCGAAAUCGAAUAUCCAUUGUCAGGAAAUGAUAGCCAUGGAAAUGAAGACGGAAUUCUCUUCCCCCCCUCUCCUGAGAAUGGUAGAUCACCACCAAGACACACAACCCAAUUGAUCCGUGGGAGGCAUGGCAUCAAUCUGGCGGCGGAGAUUUUGCAUGCCAAUAGUAUCAUCCAGUCUCUGAAUUCCUUAUCUACUGUGGCUCACAUUUCUGGUAUUGGCUUAAAAGCUAUCCCCACCAUUUCAAGCUUCUCCAGUCUUCGAUCCAUCAACCUAUCAAAUAACUGCAUAGUCCAAAUUACUCCCGGAUCUCUUCCAAAGGGCAUUCACACACUCAAUUUGUCGAGAAACAAGAUCGGUACCAUUGAAGGACUCAGAGAACUGACUCGUCUGCGGGUGCUUGAUCUCAGUUACAACCGCAUAUCUAAAAUUGGACAUGGGUUGUCGAACUGUACAUUAAUCAAGGAGCUCUAUCUUGCUGGGAACAAGAUUAGUGAUGUUGAGGGGCUACAUAGGCUAUUGAAGUUAACAGUCCUGGACCUCAGCUUCAACAAAAUAACGACAACAAAAGCACUGGGCCAGCUCGUAGCCAACUACAACACUCUGCAGGCACUCAAUCUUCUGGGAAAUUCGAUCCAGAACAACAUCAGUGAUGACCAGCUGCGCAAAGCAGUUUGUGAUCUCCUUCCAAAGCUAGCGUACCUGAACAAGCAGCCAAUUAAAUCGCAGAGGGCAAGAGAGGUGCUGACAGACAGUGUAGCCAAAGCUGCACUCGGCGGGAACAGCAGUUCAAGCUCUUCUAGAAAAGCAGGGAAGAGAGUGAGCCAGGGCAGGUCCCUUUCUGCCAUUGGACAUAAGAGCAGUGCAAGUGUUGCUCAAAAAAGCAAGAACAGGUCAAAGGACCGAACUCAUCAGAACUUAUCCCUAAGGAUUGCUCCACCAGCACAAGCUUCUUCAUCCCAUUAGAUGCUUUCACGUUCUCCUGGAAUCUAUUCAAUAUUUCAGUUUUCUAAAGUGAUGCAUUGUGGUAAAAUGUGGGUUUGGUGGUUCAAUGCGGGUGUCGUGAAAUGUAAUGUAAUGCAGUGUCCAGGUCUUUAAAUUCUUGUUUGCUUUGAUUCACUAAGAGCAUCAACUUUGUACAAAAUAUUAUGUUUUCUUUUUUAUAAUCAUAUUGGAUUGUUAUGGAAUUAA